AUGCAUUACUCAAAGUCCAAAAAGAGUUCUGACACAAGAGGCGGCAGUGGAGGAAGUGGUUCCGCUACAAGUUCCAGUGGUGCCACGGGCCAUAUUCACCAGUUAUUCAGGGGAGUAAGGCGUCGGAGAAGUGGGAAAUGGGUGUCGGAAAUUAGAGAGCCAAGGAAACCUAACAGAAUCUGGCUAGGCACAUUUCCUACGGCGGAAAUGGCUGCUAUUGCUUAUGAUGUUGCAGCACUUGCCCUAAGAGGCCAAGAUGCCGAGCUUAACUUCCCCAACUCCGCUUCCUCUCUGCCUACCGACCCUGCCUCCAACUCGCCUCGGGAUAUCCAGGCGGCUGCUAGCUCUGCUGCGGCAACUUUCAGGGCGUUAAAUGAUGCUUUAUUCAGUAUCGAGGACAAUGAACGACGACGAUAUGAUCUUUGA